AUGGAUAUAACGGACAGAGAGGCCUUGAUGGGGGCGUUGUCUAACAUGACGAAAAUCACCCCCUUCAAGAGAGAGUUGAACCGGAAACCCCCGUCCAGCUACAAGGAAUUUCUUGCGCGAGCACAAGGGUACAUCAACGCCGAAGAGGCGGACGCAAAUGACCCUGAGCAUAGGUCCAACAAGAAUAAAAGGACCGAACAAGGGUCGACGCCUGCAAAGCAGGAUGGGAAGAAGCGUCGAGGCGGAGGAAGCGGAGACAAGCAGCCUGCUGCGACGUCGAGUGCUCCCGAAGCCAAAAAGCCAAGACAAGAGGAGAGCCGUAAGCCUCGGCUGUUUCAAAGGUACGAUUCUUACCACGAACUAACAGUAGGAGUCGAGGAGGUCUUCAAUCAGGUCGGCCGCGGAAAUCUACUACGCUGCCCGGAACCAAUGAGGACAGAUCCCAACCGGAGAAACCAGAAGAAAUUCUGCAGGUUCCACGGCGAAGUCGGCCACCACACCAACGAUUACGUCGACCUCAAGGAUGAAAUCGAAAGGGUAAUCCGCGAGGGGAGGCUACAGGAGUUCAAAGCUGAACGGAGACCUCGAAAUGAUGGCCACGGUGGACAAAAUGACGGUCGUCGCCGAGAGGAGAACCAACGCCCAGAGGACCGAGAACCUGUCGGUGUCAUACGAACUGUCCUUGGCGGUCCUUAUAUAGGAGGAGACUCAAGGAGGUCUCAGAAGGACUAUGCCCAUGAGGCCAGGGGGGUUUACCAGGAGCGAUUCUGGAGUGUCUCCGCUGCAAAAACCCCAAGGUACUGCCACACCGACGUAGCCUUUAACGAGAACGACGCCAGUGGAGUUCACUUCCCCCACAACAACGCAUUGGUGGUGGAAGCCAUGAUAGGGAACCACACCGUGUGCCGAAUCCUGGUAGACAAUGGGAGCUCAGUGGACCUCCUAUACUCUGACUACUUGGAGAAAAAGGGGAUCCAAAAGGAACAAUUAGAAAAGACCUCCAGGCCACUAUAUGGUUUCACCGGGGACUCUGUCAUCCCCCAGGGGACCAUCAGGUUGCCUAUAAUCGCCGGAGAAAAACCCUGA